UACCGAAUCGAUUUGAAACGUAACAUGAAUGGGAUUAUUCGAUGCGUUUUGUAGAACAAUUCGUGAUUUUUUCACCAAACUGUGCUAUAUCAAAUCGCAAAAUUCUUCAACCAAACCUUUGAAUGCAACGUAUCGAACCAUUUUUCUCUAGAGUAAAUUGAACAAAAAUAGAGUUAAAUAAGUUAAACUUCAACUCGAAAUUGAUGAAUAGACUUUAGCUUUUCCUGUCGCAUGCUUAUUUCAAGGCCUGAUCAGUGUUUACACAGUUUCAGCAGGUACAGCCCUGGGGCUCCGCCAAAAAUAGCAGAUGACAGUGUGCUCCUCGGUUGUGCUUGACCCGGUGUUGCUGCCAAAGCUUGGCGUUUGCGACUUGCUGCGUUUUAUCGACGAAUGUGUGCCACACAUAGACAGAAUAGACGCAACUAGUUGAAACGAAGAUUGAAAAAAAGAAAUUUGAACCUACUACGAACGACUAAUUGAAGAUUAAAAAAUACGAUAAUUUCGGUAAUUAAGGUUAAGGAAGAUAAAGAAAACGAAAAAAAGAAAUGGCAGAAACCUCGGAAUUCGGACCGAGAAAAACGAUUUUCAUUCUCGCAAUUGUUGCUGGAUGUUUUGCAGUUCUUUGGCCAAGGAUUUUUUAUCCUAUGAUCACUUCUUCUGUUAUCUCACACCCAGCACCUUCCGACGGAUCCGCGUGCUGUGAUGUAAUAUUUGAGAGCGAUGUUAACGUGGUCGACAUCAUGCAAGAAAUGUGCCAAAACAUCGUAACACAUCACCAGGUCGAUCCCCGAGUCCGAGAUGCCUUGAGGACAACCAAACUGACGCCUCAGAGUAUCAGUUUAUGCCACGAAGAGGUGCUUGCAAGAUGUGGUAUAGACUUGUCUUCUUUCUUAGCAGAAAGAGAAAGACUUGGAAAAUCUUACAAGCAAGUAUUGGAAGAGAUAAGGUCUUUCAACAGUUCUCUCUGCUUAAAACUGAAUUUCGGAGUACCUUUAUCGCAGCUGGGAACGCCGCAUCUUAUAAGAUAUCACAUACUGAUGCCCCAUAGCAUUAUAAAACAAGAACGACGAACGCCCCCACAUGCCGGUGGGCUUCACCCGGCAAUGCGAGAACGUGGAAGAGCUAUUCCUUCUUCACAUAUUGUUCCGAAGAUAACUGAUCGACCUGAUCACAUUGCUGUACCAAAAAUGAGACCACCAAUGGGUGGUGCUGGACACGUUGUACCACCACCAAAAGGAAAUGGCACGAUGGGAAUUAUUAUGCCACUUUACACUCUUGGCAUCGUUUUGUUCUUUCUGUACACAAUCGUCAAGGUGCUACGAAAAAACGCUGACAGCGACGUACCGAACGAUUACCCGGUGGGUACAGCUGAGACGGAAUUCAGAAAAAUGGUAUUUAGUCCAGAAACUUUAACAAGUGCUGUCACAGGAACCUUGUAUAGACAAAAAAAAGAGAGAUCUCCUUCACUGCCUAGACCUGCUCCAACAUUAGAAGAAUUGAAGGCUCAAGCAGCAGGAGACAUAGAGAUAGAUCAGCUCAGGCAACGGCUGGUCGAAACAGAGGCAGCGAUGGAACGAAUUGUCGCUCAGAUGGGCAAUUUAUCGCGUUCUGUAACGCAUAGUCCGAGCCCACAGCCCGAGGCAAAGGAAACCUUGGCAUACUCCCAACUUGAAAUAAAUAGUGAUAAAGAAAUAGAAAAUAUCGAUGAUUCCUCACCAACGGUCAAAGUUGUGGGAAUGGAAAUGACCGCUAGUUGCAAAGAUGGGCAGAAAUGGAGUCGACCUAGUACCCCGAUGGUAUCAGCAGUUCAGAGCCACUCGGAACAGGACAAGAUACCCCCGAAGCCGAUUUAUCUUGAAGGAGCAUUACCAUCACAGUGUGAGCUUCUAGUAACAGAUUCUGAGACGCAAGCUGAAGAAUCCAACGUGGACGUACAAGCGCCCAUAGUCCUUUCUGGCAAAAUGACUCUUUCUCUCAUCAGUCUCGAUCAGAUAUCAUCUAAUCCUGGGAGUGAUGAUCAAGUCAAAGAGAAUGGGGUCGACGCCACAACCUGUGAGAACAACAAACAAGAUGGAAAAGAGGGAGAAAUUGGAGGAGCUGGAGAAGCUAAGGUCACGGCUAAUAAUGUACAAGUAAAUGGCAUUGAAGGGGUUAGGGGUAAGGCGAUAACAAGGGAAGAAGUUGAAGAAGCAGAGGAAGUGGAUGAAUAUGAAGCAUACAGAGCGGAAGAAGAGGAUAGUGAGGGAGAAGACGAGGAUGAGGAACAGGAAGUGGAAGUAGAGGAAGAGGAAGUGGAAGUAGAGGAAGAUGAGGUGGAGGAAGAAGAGGUGGAAGAAGAGGAGGUGGAAGAGGAAGAGGAGGAAGACGAGGACGUGGAAGAACAGGAUGGGGUGAAGAAAAACGAAAAAAUGAGAAAAUGAUGAGAAACAUAUAAUAUUAUUCAAAUAAGUCAAAUAUUUAGUAAUUCCGAGCAAUUUAACGUCCCAAGUCGAUACGUUAAACCUGUGAAUGGUCGUGGAGAUGAAUAAGAAUUUUUUUAUAAGAUAUGGUAGGUGGUUAGAGAAAUGAAGAUUAAAACAAAUGCGUCUGAAAUUUUAUCUGCAAACUCGGUACGAAUUAGUAAUUAGACCAAUAUGGCCUGUUGGAAUAGAUUGCUAAAUUUAAUGUUUUAAUGAUGAAGCGAUAGCCGUAAUAAAUUUCCAACGUCUGUAAAUUUGUAGGUGUUUUGUUUAUUCGAAUUACCUUAUAAAUAAUUAUGUAUCGACAUCUUCAUCAUUUUGAUACAUACUCGUAUAUAAUUUCCGGCGACAAGCGACCUAUUAGGUACUGCGAUAGAAGGGAUUACGAACUUUGGCAGGUCACAGGAUUAAGACUCCACGUAUUUGCUCAUAUUUUGUAAUCUAGGCAAGUAGAAUUGUACAAAGAACGAAAUUGAGUAUGUUACCGCAACGCCAGGAACGUCACGAAUUUCACAGGCGAGGUGACAAUAAACAGCUGAGCGCUUGAAGUACAGUUUUAGUCUGUCAAUCCUCCGGUCAUAUUGAAUGCAGUCACCUUCAAUAUAAGUUUUAUCCUGUGUUGAAAGUUAAUAUCACAAAUGAGAUUGGCCGAUAGCUACAGGGUGAGUGAUAUCGGUGGAAAGUGCAUUGUUAGAUCGUUGGCCUGUGCAGGUAAAGUAUUGAAGGGUUCAACAAUUGUGAUUCUGAACAGUAUGAUUGCGAAACUUCCAUGCUUGAGGUUAUUAAUCUGUUGGUUGAUUCGAUCUAGUUGAUGUUACGCACAUGUCACUGCUCGAUUCUUGGUUCUACGUAAACUUACGUUACUUGUCUAUCGUAUAUCUUCUUAUGUGCAAAAUAAAUGCUAUAUACGAGAA